AAAUAAUUUGAUUUCCAUUGCUUUUUAUUUUCAGAGUUAUUCAGUAAUUUGAAUGAUUGGCUUCUGUGAGAGAUUUAGACAUGGACAAGCUUAACUGCUUCAAAGAACAGAUUUAGUUCCGGUCAUACUUCCAAGGUUAUCAGAAGCAGGCCCUCCUUAUUUUGUAAAAGCAUUGAGAAUAAUACAUUGUAGAAAUCUCAGUAGAGAUAAUCAUUUCUGUCCCAGGGUGUUCCAUAAAGGACUGCCCAUUUUUAAGAAUGAAUUUUGUAGUCCUCAAUUAUGCUGUUCAAAUUUUAGUUUCAUUGAAUUCAGUUUAAUAAAAUACCCAUUCAACAUGUCUUUAAGAGAUGAUAUAAUAAUGAGCAUACUGAAUGCUGUUUUAGAGAAUAUUUUUAAAGGUUGGCUGAAAGAGUUGUAAUUGGAUCAAGGUUUUGAAAAAAAUACAUAUAAAUGCUUAAAACUGUAGGAGUGAUAGAAAGAUUUAGGUAAAUCAUCUCUAUUUGUGGAGACAGUUUUAAAAAUCUUUUUCCUAUUUCAUAAUUUAUAUAUUUUUGUCUUUAUCAGUGUAGUAAUAUAUUUUGUAAUCCUUAUCCAUAUGAACUUUCUGGGCUAGUGUGCUAUAAAUGUUUGUAGUGCGUGUUACCGAAUGUAAUGAAACCCGUUUAGAACUGUUACAGACAAAAAAAGCGACAAGCAUUAUAUUUUCCUUGAUAUGUUUGAUGUUAGCAGAAACGUUUCAUUGAUUUUUCUAUAACUUUUAAUGCAUACCAUUUGUGGAGUAAUGAAAAUGCAGUGAUAAUUGCCAUAAUGUAAGCAAAAAUGGUAUCCUACCUGAAAAUGACUUUUCAGAAAACUCAUUGUAGUGUAAUCAGAAUUUGAGACUUAAGGGGGCCGAGGUUGCCCUGAUUAUGCUGUUUUGAUUCAGGCUAAGAGGAACUCUUUAUUCCACUUAGGGGCUCUUUAGGCAUGACACCUUUUGAGGGAGUUAUUUAGCAGAAGUUUUUAGUGAUAAUCGUCUUAGCUCCUAACCUAUAAGCAAUUUAUCUCCUAACAUGCAAAGAAAAUGUAUUCUUCUGUCACUGUGUAUGGCGGAUUAUCUUUUAUUGCACCCUUAGAUUUGGCCUACUCUCCCCGAAUUAUUUAUAAUAUCUCCUGUAUUUAUUUAUCUAUUAUUUCCUCUUUACUAUCCCGUCAGCGUUAUUUAGACCAUCUAUCUUAGUAACCUUCCUCUAUAAAUGGAAUUGUGUUAUGUAGUUCUGCUGUGCUUUUAAAAUAUUAAGCAUUCUAUGUUUAGUGUAUAUGUUGUAGAAAACAUCUGUAGGCUAUUAUCGGGGUUGGUUUGUUUUUUUUGUUUAGUAUUUUGUAUGUUUUUGCAGUGAAUCCACUCUGCCUUGCUUUUUUGGUUCUUGUGUUUCUUCCCUCUGAUGGAACAGUAAGUUACGUGAACUCUGUUCAUUACUGUAACUGGUGUAGCAACACAAAUACUUUAGAAAUAAGUAGGCAUACCUGUGUGAGAGUAAAUUAAUAUUUUACAGCAUUUGCAUCAAGUUUGACUGUUCUGUGUACUUCAGCAGAAUAGGAGGAGACUGUAAUUUGGACUCUAUGAAACCUUAUCUGCCAGGUGGUAUGUAAAUAGGACUCUGUGCACACGUAGACAUACCGGCAAACACUCAACUGUUAGCUCAUAAAGCAAGUGCUGUCUGCAACUCCACGGGACCUGCACCUUGCUCAGAACUGAUUAUCCAGUAUGUUGAUGCUUCGUUUGAGAAGUUACUAGAUACAAACAAGAAAACAGCUACUGUGGAAGGGCAAAGAGAAUCCUCUCUUUAAUUUGGCCAUGAUUGACAUUGUAACUCCACAAGCUUCUUCGCGGAGGGCUAGACUUAGCCGAGUCUUCCAAGGACUUCAAAGACGUUAUAGUCUAGAACAGCUUCCCUACGUUCUCUGUACUCACAGAUUACGUGGGGGAAACCAGGGACUAGAAAACUUGACUUCUUUUGCAUAUCAGUCCCAGGCAUGCAGUAGAUGCUUAAGUAAAUACUUGGUGAAUGGAUUCGUUAGAAGUAAGAAUGCUUUGGCUACUAUUCAUUACUUUGAAAAGUGUUGGAAAGCGAUUGAAAUUAUUUUCCUUUCCUCCUGGGCUGUGCUCUUAAAAAUAGUGAGUGUGUAUGGAUGAAAAUAAUCAUGACUACAGAGAUGUGUUGCCAUGUACCCGGGGACAAUUGGCUGACUUACCUGUUUACAGAUUAUUCACAUUGGAGAUCGUAUUCAUAACUCCAGAAUAGUUUCUUUCUGACAUCCAAUAUAAUCCUGGGCCUCCUCCUUCCUACUGUUACGUAGCGUGGGCUUAGGAAACCCAAACUAAAUUUAAAAAUCAGCCCAAACAAAUAUACAAAUCAGUUCCAGUAAUCAAAGACGGAAAAUCUGCCCAGCAAUGACUAGUUGGGGGGUUAGUUUAUAACUGUGCUUCUGAUUCUUUCUAUUUCAUGUGGGCAGUUGGGAAUGACCAGUACUUAAAAAUAUUAUUUUAAUAGGGCUGAAAACUCUGCUAGCAGAUCAAGUCCUCAACUUCUUCCAUUUCUGUGCAUAGGUCUUUACCUCACAAAAACUACUACAAGCACCAAGCUCCCUGAUGGAAAGGAGCAUCGUGUGGCAAGUCGCCAGGGUGGUCCGUUCGAGCCGCGGAUUUGUGUGUCAUCCUUGGAAGGCGGUCUCCUCCUCCACGGCCACUACAGGGAAGUGCAUCACGUAUCAGAAGAAAGUGGUUCACGAAGAAGUCUGCGUUUGACCUGGUGACGAUUGGCUGUUGGUGUGUCAGGCUCGAGCCUGAUCGUCUUCGCUGUCACCUUUUCCUUAACGCGAUGAGACCGUUUCGCUGCCAGACUGUGACCCAUACUGGAGCAAAAUGAAAGAAUUUAUUCUGAGGCCUCAGAAGUCAUGCUGCUACAGACCAUGAGCAAGAAGGAGUGGACUUCAGCCUGCACGGAUGGUCUUCAAACACAAACGGCUGUGGGUCUAGGCAUUUUACACUGAAUUUCUCUACUGCCGCCCCCUCCACUCAAGCAAAAUCUGUGUGGAAAGAUCCACUGGGAAGGAACUGACGGCUUAUGUUUCUCCAGUGUGAUGAAAGCACAUGGUACAGGGAUUUCUCACUCCUCUGGAAGGAAGAAAGAACACGCCUGAGCCCAGGAGCGCUCCAGCUUCUUGUGGGAAGUCUCCAUGGUGAAGGCUAAGCCAGGGCUACCUGCGAACAGCGCGCAGUGAAUGUCCUUCCAGAGCUGCGGCCAGUCGAUCGAACCCACGAGGAGAUGAUUCCUCAUGAAGAGCCUGGAUCCCCUACAGAAAUCAAAUGUGACUUUCCAUGUAUCAGACUAAACCCAGAGCCAGCCAGACAGUGAAACAGUCACCGUGGAGGGGGGACGGCGAAAAAUGAAAUCCAACCAAGAGCGGAGCAACGAAUGCCUGCCUCCCAAGAAGCGCGAGAUCCCCGCCACCAGCCGGCCUUCUGAAGAGAAGGCUGCCGGGCCGCCGAGCAACAACCACCGGGCGGAGUCUGGGGCAUGGCUCCCGGGCAACCCCGGGGGCCGCGCCCCCGGGGGCGGCAGGCACGGCCCGGCGGGGACUUCGGGGGAGCUCGGUUUACAACAGGGAAUAGGUUUACACAAAGCGCUGUCCACGGGGCUGGACUACUCCCCGCCCAGCGCGCCCAGGUCCGUCCCCGCGACCAGCACGCUGCCCGCGGCGUACCCUCCCCCGCAGUCGGGGACGCCGGUGUCCCCCGUGCAGUACGCUCAUCUGCCACACACCUUCCAGUUCAUCGGGUCCUCCCAGUACAGCGGGCCCUACGCCGGGUUCAUCCCUUCACAGCUGAUCUCCCCGACGGCCAGCCCCGUCACCAGUGCCGUGGCCUCUGCCGCGGGGGCCACCACUCCAUCCCAGCGCUCCCAGCUGGAGGCCUAUUCCACUCUGCUGGCCAACAUGGGCAGUCUGAGCCAAGCCUCAGGACACAAGGCUGAGCAGCAGCAACAGCACCUGGGCAGGACGCCGGGGCUCAUCACCCCGGGGUCCCCCCCACCCACGCAGCAGAACCAGUACGUCCACAUCUCCAGCUCUCCGCAGAGCGCCGGGCGCACGGCCUCUCCUCCGGCCAUCCCCGUCCACCUCCACCCGCACCAGACGAUGAUCCCACACACGCUCACCCUGGGGCCCUCCCCCCAGGUCGUAGUGCAAUACACCGACUCCGGCAGCCACUUUGUGCCGCGCGAGGCCGCCAAGAAAGCUGAGAGCGGCAGGCUGCAGCAGGCCAUGCAGGCCAAGGAGCUCCUGAACGGGGAGGUGGAGAAGGGCCGGAGGUACGGGGCCCCGAGCUCGGCUGACUUGGGCCUGGUGAAGGCCAGCAAGUCCCUUCCUCACCCUUACGAGUCCAGGCACGUGGUGGUCCACCCCAGCGCCGCCGACUACGGCGGCCGGGACUCCUCGGGGGUCCGGGCCUCUGUGAUGGUCCUGCCCACCAGCAACACCCCCUCCGCGGACCUGGAGGUGCAGCAGGUCACGCACCGGGAGGCCUCCCCCUCCACCCUCAACGACAAAAGCGGCCUGCACCUAGGGAAGCCCGGGCACCGGUCCUACGCGCUGUCACCCCAACAGGCUCUGGGCCCCGAAGGCGUGAAGGCCGCCGCCGUUGCCACGCUGUCCCCCCACACGGUCAUCCAGACCCCACACAGCGCCUCGGAGCCUCUCCCGGUGGGACUGCCAGCCACCGCCUUCUAUGCGGGGACGCAGGCACCGGUCAUCGGCUAUCUGAGCAGCCAGCAGCAAGCGAUCACUUACGCCGGCAGCCUGCCCCAGCACCUGGUGAUCCCCGGGACGCAGCCCCUGCUCAUCCCGGUGGGCAGCGCCGACGUGGAGGGGUCGGGAGCAGCCCCCGCGAUAGCCACCUCGUCGCCCCAGUUCGCGGCCAUGCCUCACACCUUCGUCACCACCGCCCUUCCCAAGAGCGAGAACUUCAGCCCCGAGGCCCUGGUCACGCAGGCCGCCUACCCCGCCAUGGUGCAGGCCCAGAUCCACCUGCCUGUGGUGCAGUCGGUGGCGUCCCCCGCCUCGGCGCCCCCCACGCUGCCCCCCUACUUCAUGAAAGGCUCCAUCAUCCAGUUGGCCAAUGGGGAGCUGAAGAAGGUGGAGGACCUAAAGACAGAAGACUUCAUCCAGAGUGCGGAGAUCAGCAGCGAUCUGAAGAUCGACUCCAGCACAGUGGAGAGGAUCGAGGACAGCCACCACCCCGGCGUGGCCGUGAUCCAGUUUGCGGUUGGGGAGCACCGAGCACAGGUCAGCGUGGAGGUUUUGGUAGAGUACCCUUUUUUUGUGUUUGGACAGGGCUGGUCAUCCUGCUGUCCAGAGAGAACCAGCCAGCUCUUUGAUCUGCCGUGUUCCAAACUCUCAGUUGGGGAUGUCUGCAUCUCGCUGACCCUCAAGAACCUGAAGAACGGCUCUGUUAAAAAGGGCCCACCCGUGGAUCCCGCCAGCGUCCUGCUGAAGCAUUCAAAGACCGACAUCCUGGCAGGCAGCAGACACAGGUACGCGGAGCAGGAGAACGGCAUCAACCAGGGAAGUGCCCAGAUGCUGUCUGAGAAUGGCGAACUCAAGUUUCCGGAAAAAAUAGGAUUGCCUGCAGCGCCCUUGCUCACCAAAACAGAACCCAGCAAGCCCACAGCGACGAGGAAGAGGAGGUGGUCGGCCCCGGAGACCCGCAAACUGGAGAAGUCAGAAGACGAGCCACCUUUGACUCUUCCUAAGCCUUCUCUUAUUCCUCAGGAGGUUAAGAUUUGCAUUGAAGGCCGGUCUAAUGUAGGCAAGUAGAGGCAGUGUGGGGAAAAGGAAAUUCGGCUCUCCCUUACCAUUUGUAUCCAGAUUACUGUACUGUAGGCUAAAUAACACAGUAUUUACAUGUUACCCUCUUUAGGUUUCUGUUCUAACCUUGUCAUUAGAGUUACAGCCGGUGUUGCGCAGGAGACCGGUGCACUUGCUUUUCCAGGAGUGUCUGGCAAUGACA